AUGGCCGGAAACCGUGUCACGUACCGCCGCCGCAACGGCUACAACACCAGCUCUAACCUGACCCGGAUCGUCAAGACCCCCGGUGGUGAGCUGAGAAUCCUCCACAUCAAGAAGCGCGGCACUGCCCCCAAGUGCGGUGACUGCGGUGUCAAGCUCCCCGGCGUCCCCGCCCUCCGCCCCCGCGAGUACUCCCAGAUCUCCAAGCCCAAGAAGACCGUCCAGCGUGCGUACGGUGGCUCGAGAUGCGGUAACUGCGUCCGUGACCGCAUCGUCCGCGCUUUCCUCAUUGAGGAGCAGAAGAUCGUCAAGAAGGUGCUGAAGGAGCAGAGCCAGAGCGAGAAGAAGAAAUAA